AAACCAGGCCGGACGCGCCUGCCCUCGUGUCCAUCGCCGGCCCUUCCACUCUUUGCCGUGAGUCCCGAUUUCCUCCCCUGGCCUUGCCAUCUGCUCUCGAUAGGAAGGGUUGUUGCUGUAAGUAAAAACAAUAAUGGCACCUGCAUAUUGAGAAUAGAAGCAGCGACAAAGGAAUACACAAACACAUGAGUAAGGUGCAGCGAUCAGAACUAUACAGUUUGCCCAGUGUGAUCAUGUCAUACAUUUUGCAUAAGCUUAAAGGUGAAACCAUAACAGGAACAUCAAGAUGUCCAAUCAGGAAGGGAAGGGAUCAGGCCGUAAAUCAAAGCAGAUAAGUGUCAAGACAUCCUUGAAUAGUCCAUAUGAUCUCCACUGGUGUACCUUGGAUGCAGCAGAUAUGCACUUCAUACUGGAGAGCUUAGAAGGAGCUAUGAAACGGGUUGGGUUUAAGAAGAUAGAGCUUCGGAGGAGGAAGAAGCCCUGCUCAAAAGAAAAGCAAAGGAAAGAACCAUGCCACAGUAGUGGACUUCAAGAGGAGCAUGAAAUGGGAGAUGCUAAAGCACAUGGAUGGACCAACCUGCAAAUCAGGAACCAGCUUGCUAUUGGGAUCAAUGAAGUAACUAAAGCUCUGGAAAAAAAUGAAUUGCUGCUUGUGCUGGUGUGCAAAUCUGCUAAACCAGCCUUACUUACAUCUCACCUUAUUCCACUCAGUGCAAGUCGGGCAACCCCAGCAGCCCAAGUUCCACGCCUCAGUGAAAGCCUAGCACCAGUGCUUGGCUUAACAUCUGUUCUAGCACUAGGAUUGAAGAGGAAUGCAGAUGCCUUUGCAGAAGAAGUCAAAAUGAUUAUUCCGCGAAUACCUAGCUUAGAUGUGCCAUGGAUUCAGCACGGAACUGAACAGAUCUUGGCAAGUGCAGAUACUGAUCUGAUGGAUAUGCCAGAAACAGAACUCUCAGAAACAAACUCAGAAGAGAGCUCUCCUUCUCACAAGCGAAGAAGAAGGGACAGCUGCAUACUCGCCUCUCCUAAUCUGGCUUUGCAGGCACUUAAGGUUAAAAAAAUAGUUCCCAAUCCAUCCAAGAAAAGGAAACUUCCCAAAACUAAAAAACGUAUUUCAAAGUAACUAUAUUGGGCUGGUCCCUCUGCUGUAUAUACCUUGGUUUUUUAAAAAAAUCUAGUAAAAGUGAUAUAAUGGUAAAAAUUUA